CCGUCUACGGGGACGGUAUUUAAGGUAGCACUGGAAAAUUGGAAAUUACCAACGUUUAUCUGUUCAAUUCAUAAUUACACAGUUACUGUACAAUUUAUUGAUUCAUCAUUGUAUGUACAGGGAGAUCUCUGGAAGUCUACAGUGUACCCGCUGACGAGGGCUCCUGAUGAAGCUGUGUAGGUAAUACUGUUAAAGCCUUUUUAAGACGCCAUGUCUGAAGAGGCAUUGUCAGAGAGUGACCUGGACCCCAGCCUCAACAGUGAAGAUGAGGAUUUGGAAAAUGAUGAAGAGGAGGAGGACAAUGAGGACAUGGAGGAAGAUGAAGAUGAAAAUGAUGGAGACGACGAAGAUGAAAGCGUUGAACGACCUGGAAGUGCCCAGAGCAAAGCAGAAACAACCCAGGAUGGCCCGGACUCCCCCUCAGCUACCUCUAGAGAGCCAUCCUCGGAUCCUCCAUCCUGCCCGUCCUCCAGGCCUUCCUCCAGACCUGCUUCUCGCUCUCAACUUCCUAGCAGUCCGGAAAAGUCAAGUCAAAGCAAGAAGCCCUCAAGCAAAACAAAGAAGCAAAAAGCCUCUAAAUCAACCAAAUCCUCGAAGUCUUCAAAAGGCUCCAAACCUUCCAAGCCUUCUAAACCUAUACACAUGAGAAAAAAUAUCAGAAAGCUGCUAAAAGAAGAUCAGCUGGAGGCCGGGACCAAAGCAGCUCAACAGGAGGAGAUGGAGAGGCGGAAACGUCUGGAACAGCAGAGGAAAGACUUCCCUACACCUGCCCCAAGUGUCCCUGACCCUCAGCUAGUGGACACGGCGUCACUUUUAGGAGAAGUGUCUCAUUUGGUCCCGGCUCUCCUGGGCAAGCAGGAUGUGAUCUGUCUGGACAGCAGCGGUGACGAAGAUGAAGAACAGAAACCAAUCCUGCCUGGAUUUGACAUUGGAGAUGAUGUAAUUGAGCUCAGCUCUGGGGAUGAAGACGCCCUGCAGAUAAGCAGUGAGUCUGCUGACGAGGAUGCUGAUGGUACCGCCGCCUCAGAGGAGAGCAGUGGGGCGCACAUCAACGACACCCUGAAUCUGCCUGACGCCCAGGGUCGUGUGCUGGUUAAUAUCAACCACCCUGCAGAGGAGACAGACAUUUACCUCGCACCACAGUUAGCCAAGGCUGUCAAACCUCACCAGAUUGGAGGAAUCCGGUUUCUCUAUGAUAACCUCAUUGAGUCUCUGGACCGGUAUAAGACCAGCAGUGGCUUUGGCUGCAUCCUGGCUCACAGCAUGGGGUUAGGAAAGACUCUACAAGUGAUUUCCUUCAUUGACAUCCUACUGAGGAAUACGGAGGCUCACACUGUGCUGGCUAUUGUUCCUGUGAACACACUUCAGAACUGGCUAACAGAGUUUAACCUCUGGCUUCCACCACAAGAAGCAAUUCCCCCAGAAACUGACCCCACACUUCUCUCAGGCCGUUCAUUUAAAGUUCACAUCCUGAACGAUGAGCACAAAACGACCAUAGCCAGAGCCAAGGUGGUGGAGGAAUGGUCCAGGGACGGAGGGGUGCUGCUGAUGGGUUAUGAGAUGUACCGCCUGCUCUCCAUGAAGAAGAGCUUUGUGAUGGGAAAGAAGAGGAAAUCAAAGAAGCCAGCAGGACCAAUCAUCAUUGACCUGGAUGAAGAAGAUAGACAACAGGAACUCAUGAAAGGUAUCGAAAAGUCCAUAGCCCGGCCUGGCCCAGACGUGGUCAUCUGUGACGAGGGUCAUCGAAUCAAGAACUACCAUGCCAGCACGUCACAGGCCUUGAAGAACAUUCGUUCCAGGCGCAGAGUGGUCCUCACGGGGUACCCCCUGCAGAACAAUCUCAUUGAAUACUGGUGCAUGGUAGACUUUGUCAGACCUGACUUUUUAGGUACGCGGCAGGAGUUCAGCAACAUGUUCGAGCGGCCUAUUCUAAAUGGACAAUGCGUGGACAGUACACCUCAAGAUGUGCGCUUGAUGCGCUACAGAAGCCACGUGCUACACAGCCUGCUGGAGGGGUUUGUCCAGAGGCGAGGUCAUGAUGUGCUGCGAGACCAGCUUCCAUCAAAGCAGGAACAUGUGAUAUUGGUGCGGCUUUCUCCCAUUCAGAGGGCUCUCUAUUCGGAGUUUAUGAGGCGCUUUCGAGAAGCAGGGAACACUGGCUGGCUCGGUCUCAACCCACUCAAAGCCUUCUGUGUAUGCUGCAAGAUCUGGAAUCACCCAGACGUCCUUUAUGAGGCCCUGGAGAAGGAGAACCAGGCAAACGAACAGGACCUUGACCUGGAUGACAUCACUUCAGCUAGUAACCCUCGCUGCACAGUGCCAGGUGCCGGCCUGAAAGCUAAAGUAGCUGACUCCAACAACAGCAAAGUCAACAAUGCUUUGCCACCGCUCAAUCACUCUCAGGAACGAGCCAAUCAAGUCAUCACGUAUGAAUGGGCAAAGGACAUCAUGUCAAACUACCAUACUGGAGUUUUGGAAAAUUCGGCCAAAAUGGUUCUGCUCUUCCAUAUGAUUGACGAGAGCGUAAGAAGAAGAGACAAGAUUUUGGUCUUUAGUCAAAGCUUGUCCACGCUGUCAGUCAUUGAAGACUUCUUAUCAAAGAGACCCAUGCCGCCAGGCAUCGCCUCUCCUGAAGCCCAGCACCAAAACUGGGUUCGCAACCUCAAUUACUACAGACUGGAUGGGAGCACAUCUGCCUCUGAAAGAGAGCGACUUAUCAAUCAGUUUAACGACCCAGAAAACAGUGCUACAUGGGUUUUCCUGCUGUCUACAAGAGCUGGCUGUCUGGGGGUGAACCUGAUCGGGGCUAACCGUGUUGUUGUGUUCGAUGCCUCUUGGAACCCGUGUCAUGAUGCACAAGCAGUGUGCAGAGUGUACCGCUAUGGUCAGAAGAAAUCCUGCUACAUUUACCGUCUCGUUUGUGAUUUCACCCUGGAGAAAAAGAUCUAUGACAGACAGGUGUCCAAACAGGGAAUGUCUGACCGUGUGGUUGAUGACCUGAACCCAGUGCUGAACUUCACUCGUAAAGAAGUGGAGUCUCUGCUGCAUUUUGUGGAAGAAGAACCCGACAAAAUGUAUUUGACCCCCCACGAAGACUUUGAAGCUGUGAUACUUGAUGCCUGUCAGCUUUACCCAAACCUCAUCACCAAGCAACCUUUCCAUCAUGAGUCUUUGUUGGUGGACCGUAAGGAGUCUAAACUGACCAAGGCGGAGAAGAGAGCGGCCAAGAAGAGCUAUGAGGAUGAGAAACGAGCGUCUGUGCCCUACUCUCGCCCGUCGUAUGCGCCCUAUUACCCGACCAGUGACCAGACACUCACAAACAUACCAGCAUUCAACCAGCGUGGCUGGCGUCCCAUGGUGCGGCCCGAUGACAAGCCUGUGGCAAGUGUCAGGCCCAUCCAGUCAACCCCGAUCCCCAUGAUGCCUCGCCAGGUUGGCAUGGGCAUAGCUGGCUCCAGCUCUGCAGGCAGCCUGCCCGUCAACUUCCUGCAGAAAGCUGGAGUUUAUGUGCAGAGAAUUGUCACCACCACCGAUAUUGUGAUCCCAGGCGCCAACAGCGCAACAGAUGUCCAAGCUCGAAUCAGUGCAGGAGAGAGCAUCCACGUGAUCAGAGGAUCUAAAGGUACUUACAUAAGGACUAAUGAUGGAAGAAUAUUUGCUAUUAGAUCUGGAAAGUUCAGCAGAGCACCGGUCGGAAUCCCUGCAACAUCAAGAGACACGCAAGGCUCCCUGUUGCAUUCUGUCAGCAAUGGCUGUUCCUCCCCUUUGGAUCAACAGCAGCUUUCACCCAAUGGGGAGCAGCAGCCCACCUCUCCCCUGAGUUCAGAGAUUCUCAGAGAGCUCAGCCGCUACACUUCAUCCACAGGUGACACCGCUGCCGGCAUCAGGAAUGAGUUGUCGCCACCUUCAGACAUGUCAUCCGCACCAGCUGGGGACAGAGGCAGCUCCCAAAACAGUCAGACUGGUGAUGUCAGCAGGCAACUCGCUGACGACUUCCUGAGCUCGGCUUUAGAGAUGCGCGGGAGCAAACGCAGGAGUACGGACAGCCAGGGAAACACACAAACAGGAGGAAAACGUGCUUCUGCUGCAGCACGUUUCCCCGGCAUGUCCAUGGGCUCCGGUGGGCUCAGUUUCCCUCCAGUGGGUUUGAACUCUUCCUCAUUACUGGGGAACAUAGGGCACAUGGGUCAUCCUCUCCUGAUGGGUGGCAGUAGUGGAUCCUCCUCAUUCCUUCAGACACCAGGACAAACACUGGCAGACUUACAGACCAUGUUCCCCUCUGCAGGCUCAGACCUGCUCAGACAGUCCACCACAGGAAACGGACACCUCCCCAACUCCUCCUCUUCUUCCCUGCCCACUGUUUUCUCCUCUGCCUCCACCACUUUACCCAUGUCGUCAUCCCCUUCAGCAGCAACUUCUUCCUCCCUUGUGUCUGGUUCUCUGCCUCCGUACUUAAUGAACCCCAACAUGGCGGGCCUGCUUACAUCAGGCUUCCCUCUUAACUACAGUCAGUCUCUGCUCCCUGAGCCCAGGAUGUUCCCCGCCCCUCUCCUGUCAGGAUCAGGGGGAUUCCAGGGUCCCAACUCGAGCUCUAACACAUCAAGUUUCCUCUCCCAUUUCAACAAUCCAACCUCCAGCCUGUUGGGGGCAGCUCUGACUCAGUCAGACAGACAUCAGAGCAUGGAGAACGGCGGCAGUAGCUCUGAUGAUGACGUCAUUGAAGUGACAGGACAGUAGAGACUAAACGAGUCCUGUAAAGCCAGUAUCACACACAGUUUUAUCAAAGACUGCUAUCAAGGUACAUUAGGGAUGGGAAUGGUUAAAUGUUUACAUGAUUAAAUAAAUUCUGUUACAGAAUCUGACAUUAACUAUGAACUGACCAUUGAUGGUCAUGUUUUGGGCUUAUAAGCACAUUAGACUACAAAGAGGUUGAAAGAAAAUAUGAAAUUCAGCAACUAUGAUGUGACUUGGAAUCUUAACGUUAAAAAAAGAAAAAGAACAAACCUACUCAGGAACAACAAAUCUGUUUUAACCCUGAACAUGUAAAUUCAAGUUGGGAAAUAUUUGUGUUUGGUCUUUCUGUUAAAUGAGAUAUUUGAUUGGUUUCAAUCAAUCUCCUAAUUUUAAGUGAAACAAACUGCAUUCCCAUUCCUAAUGAUCUCUUUAAACUCAAACACAUUCACACACACAAACACACACAGACAUCAGCGUGUACCUUAAAAUGAUCACAAAGUCAGAGUAACAAAAAAUCCUUAUGCUGAAUAUCCCUGACUUUGCUCAGUGGGAGCAUCAGCACUUUGGGAACAGACCUUUGACAUACAGGGGACCAGGAUUAUGGGCAUCUAUGAGCACAGCCUCUCCUACUCGAUUAAACUAACUGUGCUGUUAAGUUGAUUUCCUCUGAAUUCAGAUGGAAAAAUGUAAAUUAUGAAGUGCUUUGUGAUGGAUUGUCAAACGACAAAUUUAUGUGAAACAGUUCAAACCAAAAUUUCAGUUGCUGUUGCAUCCUCUGAAGAUGAACUAACUCUUUCUUUCCUUCAGCACAGUUCCCUUUUUUGGUACACAAAACUGGAAAGUUACAAACCAUAAUGAAAAGUAACAGCAGCUACAUAAAGCGGUGUUAAUAAAUGUAAAAUAUUAAUUCUUCAAAGCGUACCUUUAACAGAAAUUUAGGCUUUCGGGGCAUAUUUUAGUCGUUAGAAAUUUGAUAGACAUUGUAGCAUCCCCUGUUGAGAUAAUACUAUGUGUCAUUCUAUAAACCGAACAUGUUGAUACUUUGUAAAUAGCUGUCAUUAUCAUUGUUUAUAUUGCAAGUCAAUACUGUGUAGUGUGUAGACUUUGGUUGUAGGGAAAUGGUUUAUUAUAACAGUGACUAUCAUGAUGAUACAUAUGCCCUUGCAUUAACGCCAAGGGAGUUUAUGUUCAGCUUUUUAUUUUUGUUUUUAUUUUCUGUUUCAAACUAAAAUGAAUGUACUCUCAUGUUAGCCUUGGACAACACAGAGGCUGGGGACAUGGAUUUGGGCUGUGUUCUUUAAUUUUUAGCCUUAAAUAUAUAACACACAAAGGGGUCUUGAGUCUUAGCAUUUAUCCGUAGUACAUCCUUUUUAUUGAUGGAAGAGCUGUGAGCAUUUAGACAUUCAGUCAAACUCAAAACACAAGUGUGGGGGAGAAUCAGCAUUGUGGCUAAAAGCAAAAGGAGCUCAACACUGUUUUCUGUUGCUAGCUCAUUUACUAAAGCUUUUCAUGUAUGUUCUGUUUUUAUUUUCUCCACCACCUGUUGAUAAAUCAUCACUCAGUCAACAUACAUGUAGUUUCCUCUGGGUUAUUUUUGUUACAUUGCUAUGAACUCACACUAUCUAAACUGUAGAAAACAUUACAUUCACGCAGCCUGAGUGUAUACAACCUUAAGUUGAUGUAGCCACAAACCAUCAAACCAUACAAAACUUAACCACAACAACCUGUAACUGCAUCAGAGCCAGGUCAAGGAGUAUGGUUGCCUUACUGAGCUGACAGUAUCAUUGUGUGGUAGCUUUUCACACAGGUAGUCCGUAAAAAGCAGUGCACAUGUUAGUAUCUCCUGUCAGUAGUCUCAGUCAGUGUAGGUCGGCGGUGCUUUAGGGAGUUUAGGUCUUUGCUGUUCUCUGUAACCUUGUGGUUCUGUGUUGUGAUGACACCUCAAGGUAAGUAGAUCUUAGGAAAGUCCCUUUCCCUCUGUAGGUGAAAUAGGCUAGAAACAGUGCUUCUUAGCCUUUAGAAAACACUGGAGAACCUGAGAAAACAGGUCAAUCCCUAUAAAGUUACAUUUUUUGUAGAAAAGUUUUUUCUUGUGGGGACCUUUUUUUUUCCCCACCAUGCUGUUCAUGUUUUAUUUGUUUUAUUGCUUCUGGCUCCUGCCCUGUUAUGCUUCAUUUCUACCAUCAAGGAAACUCAGCAUGUCUUGGAAAAUUGUGACUAGUUUUAGACUUGAAGUUGGAUCUGUCACUGAAAAAGAAUCAUAUCUGCCUGUGAACUGUGUAGUACAUCAUGAUGAUGCCAUGUCUCUAUUCUAGGUCUUCUGAAUACAUUGGAAAACACUUUGCAUUGAAAUCUUGGGAAUCAUCGGCCCGUAAAGCAAAACCUGUCUGCCAUUUCUCGUCAGUUAACUGCAUUUUUAUGUUUCAUUCAAAAUUUUCCUUUUUUUUCAUGUGUUUUAUAACUUCUUAUUGAUGUUAACCCACCCUGCAGUCGUUUCCCUUAUUGCAAUGUAGUGUCUGAAAUUUAUUUAUUUAUGAAGGAAAAUAUAUUGCUUUUUGUAAUUACAUUUUUUAACCUUUUGUUCACUUUGACCCAUUGAUGGCUGAUCCAGUAAGACUUUUGACAUGCAGCCUAAAUCGGAGCAGAAUAUGACUGUGUUAUCAAUGUUAUUUUAACAAUAAAACACUCUACUCUUGCAGUGUGAA